AUGUACCGAAAAAGGGAGAUCAAUUUCAACAAGCAGGACUCGCGCACUCUGCUACAGGUGCUCGAGGAUCAAAAGAUCAUGGAGGCGAUGAAGCAGGCACGAAUGGCUGCAGAGGCGUCGAUUCUCACGCCCAUUGGUGACAUCGGUAUGACACCAGUCAUCAGAUUCGUGGUUCAGGGUAGCGAAUCUCCUGCCGGGCAUGCGAUCGGUAGUGCUGCAGGAGGUGCCGUCGGUGGUGCAGGUGUACUUAGCGGAGCGCUCAGCCUGUCGCAAGAGGACAUUGUCGGAGUGCUGCCGAAUGAGAUUUCUGCCCCGUACGAAGUGCCGCAGUUCCCGAUCGAGCAGAUCGAGAAGAAGCUCCAGCUACAGCGGCAGCUGAACGCCAAGGUCAUGGAACAGGAUCGACACUCGACCGCUCCAGAAGUCCACCCGGAUGAGCAGCUGCCCUUCGAUGAGCAUGACUUUGUGGCCCAUUUCCAGCGCGUCUCAAUCUCAGGCGAAGACACCAGCGGUGUACCACUGGAUGAUCUCGAACGUGCCUCCACACUACUGGUAAAGGCACUCGAGCUCCGGGAGAAGUACAUGCGCAACUCGCACCAGACGUUCCCGCAGACAACGGCACGGUUCCUGAAGUCAACGCAUUCGAGCACGAUCACGCAUCAGGAGCGCAAAUCCAUCGCUGACCAUCCAGUCAAUCCACCGCAGAGUACGCAGUCACCGUGGGUGAUCGAGAUACCGAAGAACCUAAACUACAGCAUCCGAUCGGUGAACGGCGUGUUCGAGGUGUUCCCAACAGAGGAAGCGACCGAACCGCUACCGUAUCACUACACCAAACUGCCGGACUUCGUGCAGGACAUGCAGAUGAUGUGCUCGAUGAUCGCAGAUGGACCGCUUAAGUCGUUCUGCUAUCGUCGGCUUAGCUACCUAUACUCCAAGUUCCAACUUCACGUGCUACUGAACGAACUGCGCGAGCUGGCAUCGCAAAAAGCGGUACCCCAUCGGGAUUUCUACAACAUCCGCAAGGUGGACACGCACAUCCACGCGGCUAGCUGCAUGAACCAGAAGCAUUUGCUGCGUUUCAUCAAGAAAACGCUGAAGAACAGCGCGGAUGAGGUGGUAACGGUAACCAAGGGUACACCGAUGACGCUCGCACAGGUGUUCCAGUCGAUGAACCUCACCACGUACGAUCUGACGGUUGACAUGCUGGAUGUGCACGCGGAUCGCAACACCUUCCAUCGGUUCGACAAGUUCAACGCCAAGUACAACCCGAUCGGUGAGUCGCGGCUGCGCGAAGCCUUCCUCAAGACGGACAACUACCUGAACGGCAAGUACUUCGCCAACAUCAUCAAGGAGGUGGCGAGCGAUUUCGAGGAGAGUAAGUACCAAAACGCGGAGUUGCGGCUCUCGAUCUACGGCAAAUCGCCGGAUGAGUGGUACAAGCUGGCCAAGUGGGCCAUUGACGGCAACGUGUACUCGGACAACAUCCGCUGGUUGUUGCAGAUACCGCGUCUCUAUGACAUCUUCAAGACGAACAAGCUCAUGACGUCGUUCCAGCAGAUCCUGGACAACGUAUUCAAGCCAUUGUUCGAGGCAACCAACAACCCGUCCGAGCAUCCGGAGAUACACACCUUCCUGCAGUACGUGAUCGGCUUUGACUCCGUGGAUGAUGAGUCGAAACCCGAGAAUCCUCUGUUCGAUGGUGACGUUACACCUCCGGACCAGUGGACGGAUGAGGAAAACCCACCGUACGCCUAUUACAUCUACUACAUGUACGCCAACAUGACCGUGCUGAAUCACUUCCGGGCGGCUCGUGGUCUCAACACCUUCGUGCUGCGACCUCACUGCGGUGAAGCAGGUCCCGUGCAACAUCUCGUCUGCGGUUACCUGAUGGCGGAGAACAUCUCGCACGGGCUGCUACUCCGCAAGGUGCCUGUACUGCAGUACUUGUACUACCUGGCACAGAUCGGAAUCGCAAUGUCACCGCUGUCGAAUAACUCGCUGUUCCUCAACUACGAUCGCAAUCCGUUCCCGGAGUAUCUCGCUCGCGGGUUAGUCGUAUCGCUCUCAACCGACGAUCCACUUCAGUUCCAUUACACCAAGGAACCUCUGAUGGAAGAGUACAGCAUCGCGGCUCAGGUGUGGAAGCUGAGCUCGUGUGAUAUGUGCGAGUUGGCGCGCAACAGCGUGCUGAUGUCUGGUUUCCCGCACAAGAUGAAGCAACACUGGCUGGGUCCGAACUACACGCGGGAAGGUGUGGCCGGAAACGACAUCACGCGCACCAACGUGCCCGACAUACGGGUCGCCUUCCGUUACGAGUCCUUGCUGGACGAGCUGGCCAACAUCUUCAAGGUGAACAACGAGCAGAAGAUGCAGUACGCCUCGCAGCAGUAGAUCACGGAUUACCUCUGGAUUUCCCGCUAAGUGGCGCUUCCGUUUGCCCCUUUCGUGUUCCGGUUUCCUUCGUGCCCAACCGGCUGCUGGUCCUCUUAUUUCACCCGCCGGAACCGGGCUUCUUAGCGUUAGCUGGUUGUUAUUUAGUUUUGUUUCCGGCGCGCGACAACCUGGGAGGGGUGGAGGCGUCAGCUCAAGGUUUCCGGGCGCAUUUCUGGGUUCGUUAUUUCCGGUCAAAAAUGGUCUCUUACCGUUACCGGACGCACCGAACCAACUCUCAGUGCCUGUUGGACACUUCUCAUUACUCGUAAUUCGCAAUAGUAGAACUCACAACACACAAAACCAAAUCAUUAGAAAUGAUACAGAAAGAUAGGAAAGCAGGGCGCAAGAGAAAAGGAGAGAUAAAGUGAGAAAGAGUAAAGGUAAAGGAAAACAAUUCAUUAUAUAACAAAGUUAAUAAAGCAAAGGUAUAGUACCUAUAU